CAUAUAAUAUAGUUCUGCUGUUAUUGUAAAAAUGAUAUGAACUUUCCGAUAGAAGUUAUAAGAGAUCAGUGGGGUUUUAUUAUUGCUACCAAAGAGAGAUCAAUUGAUCCGGUGAAGUUAACAGAUGGAGGCAGAGUCAGCAAAUGUUGAUGUGAAGCUACAGCAGCUGGGUGGAUCUCUUCCAGUUGAAAAUGUACAGGCUCUUGCUGCUUCCAAGGGCCUGACUGAGGUUCCUCAAAGGUACAUCAGGUCUGACGUUGCGUCUGACUUACACGGUACUGCUCAUGAUGAGAUUCCGAUCAUCGAUCUUGGAAGACUUCUUGAUCUCGCGUCCUUCGAGGUUGAAGCCACCAAGCUGAACUUGGCAUGUGAAGAGUGGGGAUUUUUCCAGCUUAUAAACCAUGGCGUGCCUGAAGAAGUUAUCGAAAGAAUGAGGGGUGAUAUUGAAGAAUUUUUCCGGUUGCCGUUGGAGGAGAAGAAAGCAUACGCACAGCUACCAGGUAGCAUUGAAGGCUAUGGCCAAGCAUUUGUUGUCUCGGAGGAGCAGGAAUUGGACUGGGCAGACAUGUAUUUUCUCGUAACACGACCAGUCACUCGGAGGAGUAUGGGAUUCUGGCCUACUCGUCCUUCAACUUUUAGGGACACGUUGGGUAAAUACUCGGUUGAGUUGAAGCGUGUUGCAGAUUGUUUACUAGGAUCAAUGGCCAAGAACUUGGGACUCUGUCCAGAGGAGUUCUCCAACUUGUUCAACGAUGGGCUCCAGUCUGUAAGGAUCAACUACUACCCUCCGUGCCCUCAUGCCGACAAGGUGCUAGGCCUAUCACCUCACUCUGAUUCUGUAGGUUUGACAUUGCUCCUUCAAGUCAACCAAGUGGAGGGGCUCCAAAUCAGGAGAAAUGGUGGAUGGCUCCCUGUCAAGCCGAUCCCUGGUGCUUUGAUCGUCAACAUAGGUGAUAUCCUUGAGAUACUAAGCAAUGGCCGAUAUAAGAGCAUUGAGCACAGGGCAGUUAUAAACCCAGAGAAGGAACGAUUAUCCAUUGCUGCAUUUCACAACCCAAACUAUGACGCCUUGAUUGGCCCUAUUCCGAAGCUUGCGGAUGGAAAUGAGUACUACAAGACUAUGAGCCACGAAAACUACAUGAAAUUGAUUGUCUCUGCUAAACUUGAUGGAAAGAGCCUCAUAGAUCAGUUGAAGCUAAAAGAAUAAAUGAUUGCUCCUUUAUGUUUAACGGACAAGAGAGAAGAACAUGAUCAUUUUUUUCACCUGAUGGCAUAAACAACGGUUACUCAAUGAGUUAGAUUUAGAUUCUGCUGGUGCGUUGUCAGUUAUAUCUUAUUAUGCAGUUAUAGCUCAUUAUGUACUGAUAAGAUUUUACUAUAUACCUUAUUCUUAGUGUACCAAUGGGAAAUUUUCUGUAUUUGAGAGAACUGUGGAUCACAAUAACAUGCUUAAGGAGUUAUUGUACGGUAACAAUGAAAA